AUGGCUUCUUUACUCUUCGGCGGUCGACUCGCAGUUCGCUCAGUAAACCGACAUGUACAACUCAGACAUAGCGCAGUACGAUGGAACAGCUCUAUUUCGCAACGGCCAGGGUCGGCUACAGUCCGAUUCCCUGGCGCUGUCGAUAGCAAAUUCACAUCCGAAAUGGCAUUUUCCCGACCGUCAUCGUCGCCUGCUAUGCCUACGUAUCGUGUGAUGGAUUCUGAUGGUGUUAUCGUGGAUAAAAAGCAUGAGCCGACUGAUGUCUCGACUGAGGAGAUAAUAACGUGGUACAAGAAUAUGUUGACUGUGAAUAUAAUGGAUGUCAUCAUGUUCGAGGCUCAAAGACAGGGUCGCUUGAGUUUUUAUAUGGUCUCAGCCGGAGAAGAAGGUAUCGCUGUUGGAUCUGCCUCUGCCUUGGAAGACCACGAUGUUGUAUUUUGUCAGUAUCGGGAAUCUGGUGUAUUCCAGCAACGCGGAUUUACGAUGAAACAGUUCAUGGCGCAGUUAUUCGCGAAUAGACAUGAUUCAGGUCAAGGGAGAAAUAUGCCCGUUCAUUAUGGACUUGAAUAUCCUCGUAUCUUUACAAUUUCCUCUCCACUAGCGACGCAACUUCCACAGGCCGCUGGUGCUGCGUAUGCCAUGAAAAUACAAGCUCUACAAAACCCGAAUAAUCCAGCUGGUGUCGUUGCAUGUUACUUUGGAGAAGGUGCCGCUAGCGAGGGUGAUUUCCAUGCAGCACUGAACAUGGCUGCGACUCGCUCUUGCCCUAUCGUCUUCAUUUGCAGAAAUAACGGUUUCGCGAUCUCCACGCCCACGCUAGAACAAUAUCGUGGUGAUGGUAUCGCGAGCCGAGGUAUUGGUUAUGGUAUUGACACUAUCCGUGUCGAUGGAAACGACAUCUUUGCUGUUCGUGAGGCAACCAAGGAAGCACGGCGCAUGGCCCUCGAGAAUGGCGGCCGGCCCAUUCUGAUUGAGGCGAUGAGUUAUCGUGUCUCUCACCACAGUACCAGUGAUGACAGCUUCACGUAUCGCGCCCGAGUUGAGGUAGAAGACUGGAAACGUCGAGACAAUCCCAUCAUUCGACUACGGAAAUGGCUCGAGAGUAAAGGAGCGUGGAAUGAAGAACUUGAACAGCAGGCCCGAACAGAUCUUCGCGCAGCCAUUUUGAAGGAGUUCAACGCUGCUGAGCGUGAAAAGAAGCCUGCAUUGAAAGAGAUGUUCAACGAUGUUUAUGAGAGUCUUACUGAGGAACAAGAGAUGCAACGUGAGGCGUUGAGGAAACACCUGGAAAAAUAUCCAGAUGAGUAUAAUAUUAAUGACCAUGAGCAUGGUAUUAAGGGGCUAUAA